GUUCUGGAAAUCUUUCAGCCUGCAUCUUCUCAUCUUCUGGAUUUUGAUAGUUGAGACUUGAGAGAGACAGACGAGCACUUCGGCGAUUCUCUCGUGGACACCGACUAAUCGCUCUGCGAUAAACACCCUCCGCACUUCGACUUACUUGUGCCACUGCUGAUUAACGAACACUUAGGAUUGAGAAUCGCCGGCAAUUCUGUCGCCGACACCGUGCAAUCACCCUACGGACAGACCUUCUUCCACCGUCCCACAGGUCGAUGCCCCGAUGGCCGUCUGAUCAUAGAGUUCUAGGGGUUGAGAGGUGAAAGCGGGAGAGGGGCAACACGCGCGGGUCACGGGGUGGGGGCAGCACGUGCGGUUUACCCCGCGCCCGUGAUUCUCCCGCGAAGAGUUAGCCCGUGAUAGUUGAUAAACAGCAUUUUCCCUGAAUGAAAUACGCGUCGUUUCACAGGCGGCGGGCUGCGCUUGUUCGUUCGUUCAGUGACCUUGUAGGCCGUAGAUAGAGAGAUCAUCUCAUCUUCGCGACAUGCUAUCUCUCCUCUACAUUUUCAUCGGAAUCUGUAAUUUAGAUUGGGGACUUAUGAUUGCCCUCGGAUCCGCUCAUAUAUCGGAGUCGAUAGAUCUCCUGGUUUCCUCUAUUCUUUGAUCACGUGAAUUCGCAGUUUUUGGUUGAUGGGAACCUCAUAGUGAUUCCAAAGAGUGGCAAAGUCAGCAGAGGGAGUGGUUUUUAGUGGAUUUCCAGAAAGUCUAAUGGAAGAUUCUGAAGAGCCCAAGGAACAGUCAUUUAACAUGAGUGAAGAAAAUGAUGGAAAUAUUGUCAAAGAAAAUGGUUUUUCUGACAAAAAUCCAUCUUCUAAUUGUACUCAUGAUCAACUUGUACAAAUGGUUAUUGAAUUAAAAUUUCAGAAUGAAUACUUGAAGUCUCAGUUUGCUGGCUUGGAUGAUCUUCACUUGGAAAAAGAAGCCUUUAGACAGAAAGAUGGGGCGUCUGGGGAUGCAAAAGCUCUCCAUGAAAGUAUUGAAUCCCUGAAUAAAGAACUUUUUCAAGAGAAACAAACACGUGGUGCUGCAGAGGAGGCACUGAAGCAUCUACGGGCUGCAUUUUCAGAGGCAGAUGCAAAAGCACAAGAGCUUUCUGUCAGGCUGGCUGAAGCUCAACAGAAAAUGGAUCUAGAAUUAAAAGAGCGUGACGAGAAGUACUCUGAACUUGAUUCCAAGUUUAGUAGGCUUCACAAAAGAGCAAAGCAGCGUAUUCAAGAAGUUCAAAAGGAAAAAGAUGAUCUUGAAGCCCGACUUCGAGAUGUCAAUGAAACUGCAGCGCGUGCAUCAUCUCAACUGCCAUUGUUGCAGCAAGAGCUGGAGCGCACACGACAACAAGCAAACGAGGCAUUGAAAGCAAUGGAUGUAGAGAGACAACAAUUGCGAAGCGCAAACAACAAACUUCGAGACAGCGUUGAGGAAUUGCGGCAUUCCUUGGUACCCAAAGACAAUGCUCUUGAGGCAUUACAGCAGUCACUAUUGGAAAAGGAGCAGAGGCUGGAAGACAUGCGAGGGUUGCUACAGGCUGCAGAUGAUAAACGGCAAGCUUCAAUAGUCGAGCUCUCCGCUAAACACCAGAAGCAUUUAGAAAGUUUGGAGGCUCAACUUGCUGAUGCCUUGUCUGAUAGAACCAAAGCAACUGAAACAAUUUCUUCUCUGCAGGUGUUGGUUGCUGGGAAAGAAUCUAAGAUUGCGGAGAUGGAUGCAGCUUCAAGUGGUGAAGCAGCUCGACUUAGAGCUGCUGUGGAAACUAUAAAAGGAGAGCUUUUUCAUCUGAAAAACAAACAUGAGAAAGAAAAAGAGGGUUGGGAAGCUGCAUCCCAGGCACUCAAAACGAAGCUGGAGGUUGCUGAGAGUAGCUGUAUACGCGCUGAAAUUGAAGCAGCUAAAAUGAGAAGUCAGCUGGAGUUGGAAUUGUCUGUGCAAACCCAACUGCUAAAUACAAGAGAUGCUGAACUAAUGGCUGCCAAAGAAGAGAUCAAUCGCCUAGAAAGUGAGUUCUCCUCUUAUAAAGUCCGUGCUCAUGCACUUCUCCAGAAGAAGGAUACAGAAUUAGCUUCUGCUAAGGACUCUAAACAACUUAGAGAUUUAGAGGAAGCACUAAAAGAGGCUGAAAAAGAAAUCAUGUUGGUAUCUGUGGAAAGAGAUAGGGCCCAUAAUGAUCUUCAGGAUGCUUUAGCCAAUCAUGACAAAGAACUUGUGGCAAGAGAUGAAGCUCUUAGCUGUGCAGAGCAGCAGAUCAAGAGCAUGGAAUUGAAGCUUGAUUCUGCUAAUGCUCACUUCCAGUCAGAUAAAGAAACGUGGGAAAUAAGCCUUCAGAAUUUAGAAGAAACAUGGCGAUUAAGAUGUGAGGCAUUGAGAGCUCAAGCGGAAGUGUCUUCUGGGCAAGAUCUACAAAAAGAAUUAGGGCAGCUCAAACUCCAGUACAAAAGAUUGAAGGAAGAGCAUGAUUCAUUCCGUGAUCUUGCUGAUAGAAUGAUCGAGGAGAAAGACCGAGAGAUCUCUAAACUUUUAGAUGAUAAUAAGAAUCUUCAUUUAUCUCUGGAAGUGAGACCACCAGCUGAUCGCAGUGAAAGCUACAACGCAGCCUUUCAAAAGCAUGAUGUGCCUAAUUCAAGCUCAUCUGCAGCAGAACAACAGAUUCUGCUUUUGGCGAGACAACAGGCUCAGAGAGAAGAAGAGCUAGCACAGUCGCAGCGGCAUAUUUUAGCACUUCAAGAAGAAAUUGAGGAGCUUGAGCAUGAAAAUCGUCUCCACAGUCAACAGGAAGCCAUGUUGAAGGAGGAACUUCGCAACAUGGAAAGAAUGCAGAAGAGGGAAGGGGUCGACAUGACAUACCUGAAAAAUGUUAUCUUGAAGCUUCUUGAAACAGGUGAAGUGGAGGUGCUGCUACCAGUAAUAGGAAUGCUUCUUCAAUUCAGUCCUGAAGAGAAGAAUAUCUGAAAAGCAUACAUUGCAAGGAUGAAAUGGGCGGACUGGUAAUAGGGAAGUGCAGUUUGAUUUUAUCAAGAGUAAGGUUUGGAUGGGACAUGAAGGAUAUUUGUUUGUUCUGUUAUUGUAACCACUGCAUUAUUAUGCAAAAAUUUCAGAUGCACAAGUGUCAUCAGGCCUACCACAACUCGAUCGAUGUUCCGCCGAAGCCAACUAGUGAUGCUGCGGGGUCAGGAUCUGGUCUCUCUCUCUUUUCUAGAUUCUCAUUUUCAUAACAGCUGAGAGGGCUGAGUAUAGAUUAUUCGUUCAUUGUGGGAAACUAUUUGCAACUGCAAUCGAGCUGCUGCAAUGAUAUUGGCUGCGGAGGCAGGGUAUAUGAUCACGUCGCAUCUUGUAUCAUUACUUUUUUUUUUUUUCAAAUAUUGUAAAGAACUAGUUAGAGGCUAGAGGGGAAAUGAAAGGAGUAUUUAGAGUGGAGGGAUGUCGUGGAAUGAUCUCAUUUGGUUUUGAUUGUGUUGUUUUUGGGUACCUGAUUGGCUAUGGCCAGAUAAACGCAUUUCCCACCAUUUUUUUUUUUUUUUUGGAAGUGCUAGAGUGAAAUAACAUUUUUGGUUCUAUACGCCCAGCAGCAGUAACAGGGAUGUAAUAUUUAUUUACCCAUUGAUUGGGUUCUCUC